AUGGCUACCACGACAGCAAAACAAUACACCCGCCUCCUCUCCCUCUGGCCCAAAGACGCUCUCCGGCCAAAUCUGCCCUUCACACGCGCAAUCGAGCACCGCGCUGCACCAUACGGCGUGCAACCGCUUACUCCUGUACCCCACGUCGACGCCAAACCAACCCCUUCUACGCCACCACACCCAAAGCCCAAGCCCUCAGCACAGCCAAACCCACAGCUUGAGCAGGCUCAGCUAAACGCACUCUACUCGCUGUUGGAGGACCGCUACACCAAAAAGUAUGCUUUGUCUCCGCGCGUCCUACGGCCCACCUCUGCGCCCGACCACUACACCAACCUGAUGGACGAAAUCGAGCGGGCGCCGCAAAAGACUUGGUGGGGGGCCAAGAUGGACGAGUGGAGGAUGAAGAUCCGCUGGUCGUGA